CGGACAGCGACCCGUACGACACAUGGGAGGACGGUUAUGGCGGGAACACACCAUCCUACUACGCAUCAAGCAUUCGAUCCCCGGCGCUCAGCGCGCGCUCACUUCGCGGUCUUCCUAGUCGACAGAAUUCCGGGGCGAGCAGCGGGAGCCAUCAUGCGAGAGCAGCCAGUCUCUUCCCGACGCACUCGAGCAUAAGCGUGAAUCAUGCCGUUCCUUCACCGAACGUGGGGUCUAUUCACGCGGCACGCUCUCUGUCUGCGAGGCCGUCGCUAGAGCGUGGGCAUCGGGCAUCGAAGAGCGAUGCGGGUCCUUCACCUCCGAUAUAUUCGCCCACCGCCUCCUUCGCAUCAUUGAGCGACAUGGACGCAGAGCUACGUUCCAUUGCGGAGCAAUCAGCGCAACCCCUUACGGACGAGCAAUUACAAUCAGAAGAAGGUUUGCGCGCUUUUCAGAAGGGACGUUUACUCGAAACCGAUGAGGCGUGGCAUCGACUACUCCCGACCUCAGCAUUGGAGGCCCUGGGAAGUAAAGAGGUCAAGCGCCAGUCGCAGAUCUUCGAAAUCAUCAAGACUGAGCGUAACUAUGUUCGGGACCUCAAGCUCGUUCGAGACAUUUUCGUUGAACCACUUCGGAACGCGGACCCGCCUGUAAUCAAGAAGGACCGCUUGCGCGGCUUCAUAAAGGAGGUGUUCUGGAAUAUGGACGAGAUCCUCGCAUACCACCAGCGCAUGCUCAACGGCCUUUUCGCCCGCCAACUCGAACAACAUCCUUUCAUUCACUCCAUUUCCGACGUCGUCCUCGAAACCGCCCUCGUGUUCGGAGAAGCCUACGAAUCGUACUACAAACACUACCCACUCGCUAAGGCCCGCCAUAUCUCAGAAGUCAACCGCAACGGCGACUACGCCUACUUCAUCCAGCAGCGGCGACUGGACCCUAGGCUCCGCAAGCGCGACUUUAACGCGUUUCUCAUACAACCGACCAACCGUCUCACGCAAUUAAAGCUUCAACUCUCAGGGGUGGAGAAAGUGACUCGACAGCUCUACCAAACGUCAGAUGCCGACAGAAAUGACCUGGGCAGCAGUGGGCCUGGAAACGUCUCGGACGAUCACACGGACAUCAGCGGGUUGGAGGUGGUGCAAGAGGUCAUCAACGGGAUCAUUAGGACAAGUCAGCCAGGCAUCGAUGUGGCCGACUCGAAAGCCAAGUUCUGGGACCUUUGCGAGAGUCUCGUGUACCAAAGGGGGGAGAUCAUCGACAUGGACCUAUAUGACGAGGCGAGGACGUUGGUAUACUCGGGACCGCUUGCGCGAAGACAACGAACUGAGUUGGAUUGGCACGGCUGGCAUGACUUACACGUUGCGCUGCUGGACAACAAUCUGCUGUUCACCAAAGAGAAAAGACACACAACUGGCCUCUUACGCCGACACGUCAUAUCGAGGCCAAUUCCUCUAGAGUAUCUUCGUUUGGGGAACUUCCAUGAUCCACCCGAGUCACGGAAGAAGAAAGAUACAGAAGGGCGGAGCCCCCUGGGCCGCCUUCUGGCCGAGUCCGAACCGAUGUACCCCUUCACUAUCUAUCAUGCUUCGGAAAAAACAAAGCGACGAUAUACCCUCUACGCGAGGUCCGACGAGGAGCGAAAGAGGUGGAAAUCGAUGCUCAAGGAAGCGCAGAUGGUGCGGAAGGUCAACGCGGAUGCCAAUAUGUGGUUCGCGCCGCAAGUGGUAGACGAUGGAUUUUUCAGGACCAGCGGAAGCAAGUCGCAGGUAUCGCCGUCGUCCAAAUUCUCCGGCAGGAUCAGCUGCGCAUCGGCAUUCACCAGCGGAAGUCGACAGUUUAUCGUCGUAGGUGCUGCAACAGGAGUGUUCGCAGCUCCCAGGGGCGUUCACGAUUAUCGAAAGGUCAUACCCAACGUUAAUGCGACGUCGAUGGUGUGCAUACCGAACUUCAACAAGAUCAUCAUACUCCAGAACGGAUCGCUUCUCUCGUAUUCUCUCGACGUCCUGGCAAGGGCUGCACAAGGCCUGGAUGACUCCGGCACGCUGCGGAAGACAGCGACGACGGUGAACUCAAGCCAAGACGGUACCGUGCUUUUCUUCCGAGCGGGGAAGGUCGGUAAUAGGACGCUACUACUAUACGCUGCAAAGAGUCUGCUGCAGGUAACGCUCUACGCCGUCGAGAUCGUGGAUCAGGCUGCGAAUAUUCAACGCGGCUCGCCUUCACCGGCGUUCAGGCAAUUCGGCAGUCCUCUUAGUCUGCCCAAAGACGUCCACGACCUGUCGCCGCUCAUCAAGACCGUGGCAGUAUGCGGCGAGCGGGGAAUUCUGAUCGUAGAUCCGACCAACCUCGGAACCUCCGUCAUGACGGUGGUGCCCGACUUCAGAGGCGCCUCGCAGAAUGCACCGCUGUCGAGUCUCAAAGAACGGUGCGAGUCUGCCAAAGCGUUAGGGCUGGUCCGAUGCAGCGCGAACGAAUUGCUCGUCGUGUACGACGCGGUCGGAUGCUAUGUCGAUAAGCACGGCGUCCCCAGCCGGUCCUCGGGCUACCUCCGCUGGGAGAGCACCGCGAGUACGUAUGCCCAUCGAGGCGACCACGUCCUGCUCUUCUCGGCGGAGUUCAUCGAGAUCCGCAACGUGGCGAGCGGGAGGCUGGUGCAGGUCAUAGAAGCCUCCGAAGUCCGCCUCCUGCAUUCGGGAUUCGGCUCGGCGGAUCCGCUCCUGAUCGCCAUGGCCGGGAGCGAGCGUGAUGAACACGGCGCGAGCGACAAGGUGGCGGAGCUGGUCCAAACCGCGGAGCUGGAGCCGGCCCCGCUCACCGCCGCCGACUCGUCGGCCGCCUGGGAAGAGUGGGACAUGACGUGAGGCGGGAAGGUUGCCCGGUGCGAUCAUCCGCAUUCGUUGUAGCUUAUUUUUAUUUGGGUAUGAUAAACAUGUGCUCUCAUAUGCUUCAAUUCUGGCCGUGCUGUAGUAUUUAAAAUAGAUGUGUUCUUCGC